AUGAAGAAAUUGUUCGAGGAUAUAAAGAAAGAUUUAAAAUUCAAGUCAGCUGGGCCAGGAAAGAAACUCACAGAAGACGGAAGGUAAACAAACUUUUUUUUAGUGAGCUAGCUGCUAUGCUGUUGUCAGUUCUUAGUUGUUGAAAAGCUGGUAAUAUAAUUGACACUGUUAGUUAUAUGGUAUGUCUAAUCCGUAGAGUUGCCUUCACCGGGCCAUAGCCUCGCCCGUGACUUGGAUGGGCUCCGUUAUGUUUGCUUUUCUAAUAUUCAGGACAGGGUGAACCUAACUCUCAAACUCUAGUCGGCUAUUCUGCCUUCUACCUAGUUUUCAGCAUUAGCUUCGCCCACGACUGGUGAACUACAGUCCCGACACUGUGUUUCAACGUUUAGGUCAAUAAUCAUCGCUUUCGAAACAUAUGGCCCUUAUCUUUCAUCAGCGAGAAAGAAUCUUAAUAAAAUAAAAACUUACUGUAGGAGUUUUACAGAAAUCAAUACAGCUAUGGGUGCCUCCAUCCAACGAAACUACACCGAGUUACGCUUACACACAGGUGUCGGAGCACGCUAGAUAGCUAAUUAGCUAUGGGUGCCUCUUGUCUUCUGUCGGUUUUCCGUUAACAUGCGCUGUAACAUGGAGAUAUGGCUGUGUGGGAACAUUAACCCUAUCAAAUGUGUAUCAAUUAAACCCAGAUAUUCCCAAAGUCAGUGCACGUUUUGGUUUUUGCCCUAACACUACACAGCUGAUUCAAAUUAUCAAAGCUUCAUGAUUAGUUGAUUAUUUGAAUCAGUUCUGUAGUGUUAGGGCAAAAACCAAAACGUGCACCCCUUGGGGUCCCGAUGAACGAGUUGGGGAAACCCUGAUUUAACCUUUUUUUAUUUCUCGUUGAUAUGAAAUAUAAGGUCUCUUAUGUAACCAAAACCUUACCGCAAGCAACGCGUGUUAAUGUUCAGAAUGAGCGUCGGGGCUCUUAACAAAACACCCCCAAUACAGAAUACAUCUUCUUCCAAUUACUCUUAUGUCUAAUGUAAUGGAACUGAGAGUCAUGAUCAAGGGCUAGGGUGCAUCAUCAUAGCCUGUUGUAUUAAAUACAAACCCCUCGUGAUUGUAGAUAGCUAUAUAACUUUAUACAUCACAUCUUGCAGUCAAAUGUUGAAUGUGUCCCCUGCAGCUCCAAGCCCCACGUGGUGCAGAGCAGUGGCCCUGCCAAGCCCUGUCAUGCUGCUCCAACUGAAGGAGCUCAGAAGGCAGGGGCUGCAGCCUUGGCCAGGAUCGAGGGGCAGCCACGCCCACGGGUACAAACCUCACAGGAUGUCAUCCGACUCCAGGGUGAACUAGAUUCCUAUGCAUCCAAGAACUGCUGCUUAAAAAACUGAUGAUGUUGUCAAGACUGUGCAGGUGUUUCAUAGCAGUAGUCAGAAAUAAAUAAUUGGGUUGUGGGUAAUGGUCUUUAAUUAUUUUUCACAGUGAAAAGAGAGCUUGAGGAAGAAGCUGUAGCAGCGGCUGAGAAGGAAAACACAACAGCUGUUGAGGCAAGGAAUACAUUAAAUCAAUGAGCUUUCCCUUACUGUUGCUCACAUAUAAAUUAUUUGCGCUACUACUGCCAUUGAGUUGUCUGUCAUUUAUCGCUAGUAUGUGUCAUCUUUUACAGGGCUCCAAUGUUAAGGAUCUGGCAUUUCUCUCAGUAACAGGUGUGUAUUUCACCUGCCCGCUUACUGGAGCCACCUUAACUAAGAGCGAGAGAGAUGUGCACAUUAAAGAGGCCAUUUUCAUGGUAGGUCCGGAAGUGAUUAUCCUUUUUAAAGUCGUAUGAUAUCAUGAUUGCAUGAUUAUCAUGAUCUGAUUUUGACUGACAUGAAGUAUUGAUGUAAAAAGUCUUAGCACCAAUUUGCCACAAGCCAUCCUUUUUGAUUAGUAUGGUCCUGACUACACAUGAUAAACCUUGUCUUGUCCAACAGCGGUUUGAAGAGGACGUAGUGGAGGCUUCCGUUAUGAUGGUUCAUACCUUCAACAAGGACAGGGAGAAAGUCAAGGCUGCAGUGGACAUCAUAAGCAAGUGAGAAACAUGGAGGGGGAUGGAACUGUCCUAUAAUGUGUGAUAUACUCAGUGGCCAGUUUAUUAGGACACCCAUCUAGUACUGGGUCGGACCCCCCUUUGCUUCCAGAACAGCCUGAAUUUUUCGGGGCAUGGAAACGUUGCUCAAUUGGUAGUAAGGGACCUAACGUGUGCCAGGAAAACAUUCCCCACACCAUUACACCAUCACAAGCCUAUACCGUUGAUAUCAGGCAGGAUGGGGCCACGGACUCAUGCUACUUAUGCCAAAUCCUGACUCUACAAUCAGCAUGACGCAACAGGAACCGGGAUCCGUCGGACCAGGCAACGUUUUUACACUCCUCAAUUGUCCAGUGUUGGUGAUCGCGUACCCACUGGAGCCACUUCUUGUUUUUAGCUGAUAUGAGUAGAACCCGGUGUGGUUGUCUGCUGCAAUAGCCCAUCCGUGACAACGACCGACAAGUUGUGCAUUCCUAGAUGCCGUUCUGCCCACCACUGUUGUACUGCACCUUUAUUUGCCUGUUUGUGGCCCGCCUGUUAGCUUGCACGAUUCUUUCCAUGCUCCUUUGACCUCUCAUCAACGAGCUGUUUUCCGCCCACAGGAUUGCUGCUGAGUGGAUGUUUAUUUUUUUUCCGCACCAUUCUCUGUAAACCCUAGACACUGUCGUCCGUGAAAAGCCCAGGAGGCCGGAUGUUUUUGAGAUACUGGAACCGGCGCGCCUGGCAACGACAUUCAUACCACGCUCAAAGUCACUUUAUAUAGCAAGCCACGGCCACGUGACUUACUGUCUGUAGGAGCGAACCAUUUUCGUGAACGGUGUGGUGUACUGAAUAAACUGGCCACUGAGUGUACAUUGUCAUGUUGACAAGAAUUCACGCAAUGAGUGUCCUGACACCCCAUAAUUUACCCCAUCAGGUACAUUGAAAACAUAUGUAAGAACCCCACAGAGGAGAAGUACAGGAAGAUCAAACUCAGCAACAAGGUGUUCCAGGUAAAUUUGAGCAGUGGUGUAAAAAUACUUUAAAGUCAACUUAAGUUUUUUUGGGGGGGUAUCUGUACUUUACUAUUUAUAUUUGUUUGCAACUUUUACUUUACUACAUUCCUAAAGAAAAUAUUGUACUUUUUACUCCAUACAUUUUCCCUGACAACCAAAAGUACCUGUUACAUUUUGAAUGCUUAGCAGGACAGGAAAAUUGUCAAAUUCACGCACUUAUCAAGAGAACACGUGGUCAUCCCUACUGCCUCUGGUCUGGUGGACUCACUAAACACAAAUGUAUCUUUUGUAAAUAAUGUCCAAGUGUUGGAUUGUGUUCCUGGCUAUCCGUACAUUUUAAAAACAAGAAAAUGGUGCUGUCUGCUUUGCUUAAAAUAAGGAAUUUUAAAUGAUUUAUACUUUUACUUUUGAUACUUAAGUAUUAUUUAGCAAUUACAUUUACUUUUGAUACUUAAGUAUAUUUAAAACCAAAUACUUAUAGACUUUUACUCAAGUAAUAUUUUACUGACUCACUUUUACUUGAGUAAGUUUCUAUUAAGGUACAUUAUCUAUACUUUUACUCAAGUAUGAGAAUUGGGUACUUUUUCCACCACUGUAUUUGAGACAUGUGGAGGGUAAUGCGAGGCUCAAUGUUUUCUGUGGCUUUGGUCCAUUCACUGGUCUCUCUCUCCCUGUCUGAUCUCUCUCUCCUUAGGAAAAGGUAAAGACUGUGGAGGGUAGUCGGGAGUUCUUGGAAGCUAUGGGCUUUCAGAGCAUCAUGCUGGAUGUGGAAGGACAAGGUAAACCCAUCCAAAUGCACAAUCUGUGCUUCCUAUUGUCCGUGUGGCCUAGUAUGCUUCUGCAGAGGCAUACUGUACUAUCGGGGGUAGGUAGGGGUAAGUGGUUGGAUUACAUUUGGGGAAAUUAUUUGCUGAUUAUCUUCCUUUCCCAGAGGAGAGUGAGGAGUUCCUGGUGCUGAUGGCGCAUGACCCAGAAUCCCUGGAGGUGAUGAAGGAGAGUAGAGACCGGCUGCAGAGAGGAGAGCCAGUCAGAGCCCAGCUGGACCGCCAGCCCCAGGCCUUCAGACCCUCCCCCAACGCCAUGCGCUUCGAACUACCCCCAGAGUUCUACAACCUCACUGCAGAAGAGCUCAAGAGGGAGCAGCAGCAAAAGUAUGGACUCACUGAUGGCACUGAUACUUUAAAGCUGCAAUAUGUAACUUUUUGGGCAACCCGGCCAAAUUCACAUAGAAAUGUGUGUUAUAGAUCUGUCAUUCCCAUUGAAAGCAAGUCUAAGAAGCGGUAGACCUGUUCUAUGUGCGCUAUUUCUUUGCUGUGGUCGGGGUCAUGAAAGCUGUAGGGAGGCACGGUGAUUUGAGCUAUCCGAUUGGCCAGCGCAGUAGGCCAACUCGAUUUAGCCACAGAUCUCCCGGUCCGCCGGGUAGGCAAGUUAGUAUUUUCAGACAAAUGGAAUGGUUGAAAAUGGGAACACUGCCUACCCGGUGCGCAGGGCUUCCGAAUCAAGUGUACCUACCACCAACAGCACAACAUGAAGAAAAAAAGAAGCGCAAGCCUUUAUUGUUGGCUUUUCUACAGAAAUGUUUGGGGAUCGACUAGGAAUGCCUUGAAGAUCGUCGACUCGAUCACGAUCGACCAGUUGGUGACCACUGCUCUACACUACUUGUUUAGUCAGAAAACUGAAAUUAGGCGAACUAUAAGAAUUUUAGCAACCAGGAAAUGGUGAAGUGAUUUCUGCAUAGUGCAUCUUUUAAGAGAUUGCUUUAUUAUUGUAUAAAAUGAUUACCGUGUUAGUAGGGUUCACUUCAUUAGUGCACAUGACGUGUAUUAUUGUUAGGGGGGUUGUUCCAGUUAUGACUUUUGUGUUUAUUAGGUAAAGUCUUGGUGGUUGUGUGUGGUAUUCAGGAACGAGGUGGUGGAUAAGAACGCCAUGCUGCGUACCAAGGCCAUGCGGGAGAGAGAGGAGCAGAGGGAGAGGAGGAAAUACAAUUACACCCUGCUGAGAGUACGACUGCCUGAUGGAAACAUACUGCAGGGUCUGUAUCUGCCAACAAACACCUACUUUAAUGUGAUAAGCAGAAGUAUAAACAAUAUAUGAGCAAAGAAGCUUGUUGACACGGAUAUUAAUGUGUAUGUAAACUCAGCAAAAAAAGACACGACCCUGUCUUUCAAAGAUAACUCGUAAAAAUCCAAAUAACUUCACAUAUCUUCAUUGUAAAGGGUUUGAACACUGUUUCCCAUGCUUGUUCAAUGAACCAUAAACAAUUAAUGAACAUGCACCUGUGGAACGGUCGUUAAGACACUAACAGCUUACAGACGGUAGGCAAUUAAGGUCACAGUUAUGAAAACUUAGGACACUAAAGAGGCCUUUCUACUGACUCUGAAAACACCAAAAGAAAGAUGCCCAGGAUCCCUGCUCAUCUGCGUGAACGUGCCUUAGGUAUGCUGCAAGGAGGCAUGAAGACUGCAGAUGUGGCCAGGGCAAUAAAUUGCAAUGUCUGUACUGUGAGACGCCUAAGACAGCGCUACAGGGAGACAGGACGGACAGCUGAUUGUCCUCGUAGUGGCAGACCACGUGUAACAACACCUGCACAGGAUCGGUACAUCCGAACAUCACACCUGCGGGACAGGUACAAGAUGACAACAACAACUGCCCAAGUUACACCAGGAACGCACAAUCCCUCGAUCAGUGCUGAGAGAGGCUGGACUGAGGGCUUGUAGGCCUGUUGUAAGGCAGGUCCUCACCAGACAUCACCGGCAACAACGUCGCCUAUGGGCACAAACCCACCGUCGUUGGACCAGACAGGACUGGCAAAAAGUGCUCUUCACUGACGAGUCGCGGUUUUGUCUCACCAGGGGUAAUGGUCGGAUUCGCGUUUAUCGUAGACGGAAUGAGCAUUACACCAAGGCCUGUACUCUGGAGCGGGAUCGAUUUGGAGGUGGAGGGUCCGUCAUGGUCUGGGGCGGUGUGUCACAGCAUCAUCGGACUGAGCUUGUUGUCAUUGCAGGCAAUCUCAACGCUGUGCGUUACAGGGAAGACAUCCUCCUCCCUCAAAUCAAAUCAAAUUUUAUUGGCCACAUGCGCCGAAUACAACAGGUGCAGACAUUACAGUGAAAUGCUUACUUACAGCCCUUAACCAACAGUGCAUUUAUUUUUAACAAAAAAGUAAAAAUAAAACAACAACAAAAAAGUGUUGAGAAAAAAAGAGCAGAAGUAAAAUAGAAUAACAGUAGGGAGGCUAUAUAUACAGGGGGGUACCGGUGCAGAGUCAAUGUGCGGGGGCACCGGCUAGUUGAGGUAGUUGAAGUAAUAUGUACAUGUGGGCAGAGUUAAAGUGACUAUGCAUAAAUAAUUAACAGAGUAGCAGCAGCGUAAAAGGAUGGGGUGGGAGGGCAGUUCAAAUAGUCCGGGUAGCCAUGAUUAGCUGUUCAGGAGUCUUAUGGCUUGGGGGUAGAAGCUGUUGAGAAGUCUUUUGGACCUAGACUUGGCACUCCGGUACCGCUUGCCGUGCGGUAGCAGAGAGAACAGUCUAUGACUAGGGUGGCUGGAGUCUUUGACAAUUUUGAGGGCUUUCCUCUCUCAUGUGGUACCCUUCCUGCAGGAUCAUCCUGACAUGACCCUCCAGCAUGACAAUGCCACCAGCCAUACUGCUCGUUCUGUGCGUGAUUUCCUGCAAGACAGGAAUGUCAGUGUUCUGCCAUGGCCAGCGAAGAGCCCGGAUCUCAAUCCCAUUGAGCACGUCUGGGACCUGUUGGAUCGGAGGGUGAGGGCUAGGGUCAUUCCCCCCAGAAAUGUCUGGGAACUUGCAGGUGCCUUGGUGGAAGAGUGGGGCAACAUCUCACAGCAAAUCUGGUGCAGUCCACAAGGAGGUGAUGCACUGCAGUACUUAAUGCAGCUGGUGGCCACACCAGAUACUGACUGUUACUUUUGAUUUUGACCCCCCCUUUGUUUAGGGACACAUUAUUCAAUUUCUGUUUGUCACAUGUCUGUGGAACUUGUUCAGUUUAUGUCUCAGUUGUUGAAUCUGGUUAUGUUCAUACAAAUAUUUACACAUGUUAAGUUUGCUUUAAAUAAACGCAGUUGACAGUGAGAGGACGUUUUCUUUUUUUGCUGAGUUUAUAUUUGGCAGUAGCCACUCAAUUUGAUUGCGGCGUUGAAGUCUGUCUCUUAACAUACAUAUCUUCCAUCUUCUUAUAGUUGUAGCCUCUUGUUACCUUUACUCCCCUUGUAUUGGCUGGCUAAUGGCUCUCUUAUCACACAUGAUGCCCUUCAGGCACCUUCCUGGCCUGGGACAAGGUGUCUGUGCUCUUCCAGUUUGUGCGGGACUCCCUGGUGGAUGGCUGGCAGCCCUUUGAGCUGGUGGCGCCUGGAGGACACAAACUCCAGGAGGACCAAGAGGUGGCCCUGAAUGAAUGUAGCCUGGUAAGCAGAGACACACAUAGUAUUGUCGUAAAUGUCUGGCAAAAUAAAUAAUCCCAACCAUUUACUUUUGUUGUAGAAAGGGAAGGUUCUGACUAAUGUCUCUCUCUUGGAGGUCCCUGCGGUUCUGCUGACGUUUUCCUGGGACGCCGCAGUGCAAGCGGACAUUGUGGCUGCCGGUGGAAAGAGCCCUGCACUCCUCAAGCCAGAGCUACUGGAGAAUAUUCAGACCCUUAGCUGAGCAGAAGCUCUGUUUGUCGCUGUGUCUCCUACCCCUCCCAGGUUGGAGAUGACACCUUCAUCCCCAAACCACAUUUAAGGCUGUAGAAAUAACUACUAAUCCAUUAAAGGACGAGAGACAGGGAGAAGAGACAAAUGCCAUGCAGUGUUUUUUAUAUUGUAACCUGAAUGUAUGAUGACUAUGUGAAACAGCUCCCUUACACCUAUGGUUAGGCAUUGUCACCUCAGCAUGGUAUGAGACCCCAUUCUGCACUGCUCCAACAUAAAUCCUGCUUUUACAACAAAUAUUCACAAAGAUAUACAGUCCUAGCUUUACGUGUGAGUGAGUGGUGGAGACCACACUGGUUGUCUACUGGGUAGGAUUCAGUAGCUGUUUUUAUGUGAGCCUGACCAGCUGUGGACUACACUAUAUAUUUAUUAGUUAAGCGAUUUUAUUCAAGACGGAGCCUGUAAUAUUAUAUUUUAGAGAUCACUAGCACUUUUAAAGGUUGCAGCAGCAAACGUGAAAUUAUAUACCUUAAAAGUGAAGGUUACUGGACAGAGCUCCUGAUGUUAGAAGCUCCCUUUGUUAUUGAAUAGGAGGGCAAAAAAGGGUUUUGUCAAAGCAGUCAUUACUGGACUAAUUUCAUAUUUUGAUUAGAUUCCUCUAAAUUAUCAAUAAUUUAUUUGAUGUCAGCAGUAUAGAAAUGUGUUAGAUAGUCGCGGUUUGUUUUUGUUUGGUUUGUACUGUAUGUAACCAACACCAAAGACCAACAAUGAGCUGAGGUUUAUCCCCAAGUCUUGAUCCAGUGGUGGUUGGGAUGACAACAACCUACCUCUCCUCACAGCAUCUGUGUAACCUGUGCACUGCACGCAGUCAGCCAUAACUUCUCCAAUGUUUAGGUUCAGACAUGAACAGCAGCAAUUAGCAAAGCGGUUGGCUUGUUUGUGUAUGUACCAAGAUGUAAAUGUUUUGUUUUCCAAACCUUGUUUAGGAAUGACUUGAAAAUGAAGGUAAUGCUCUGUCUAGGUAUCAAAGCUGAGUCAUGUGUUUUGCUUUUUAACCUGCCUGAAAUAAAGAUGGUUGCAUUAAGAUUUUGCUUCACC